AAGGGAUGGUACUUGGUGGCGGCGCGGCGUCAGCAGCAUCCAGGAUGGUUUCCAACCGCCCCCGGCAUUCCCGCCACGAUUUGGGCCCCGGUAUGGCAUCCGCCUCUUCGUCCCGCGUGGGUCAAUGAACCACCACCGGCCACCUCUCCUCCUCGCCGAGGCACUUACCUGCUCGGAACCCAGCAGCGAGCAUUAGUAGUACGGGAUUAUACAACCUCGAGUGCCGAUGCUAGAUCACGUGGCGAUGCGUCGCGACGCGUGCGCGCCCCCAACCACCUGUCGGGGAUGACAUGGAUGUGUUUAAGAUUGAACAGUCGAUCGGGGGCGGCGUCCCCGCCCCCGAUAAAAUCACCCCGGAAGUGUCCUUCGAUGCCGGAUCGGAGUUCAACCUCAGCUUCUUCGACACGGAUAGUAACACGCAAGGAUUCAGCGAUCCGGGAUCGGUGGCUAGUUCUACGUCAGCCAGUUCGCCGCCACCACCAAUCAAGAUUGCACCCUUACCUUCCACCAGCAACCCCUCGCAAGGGAUCGUUGUCAAACAAGAACAACAUUAUGUGGCGGCGGACUCCAACAGUUCAUCAACCACCAAAUCAUUCGUUCCUUGUAAAGUGUGCGGUGACAAGGCUUCCGGGUACCAUUAUGGUGUGACAUCGUGCGAAGGCUGUAAGGGGUUCUUCAGGAGGAGCAUCCAGAAACAGAUCGAGUACCGGUGUUUGCGUGACGGCAAAUGUCUCGUUAUACGUCUCAAUCGGAAUCGAUGUCAAUACUGCAGGUUCAAAAAAUGCCUCUCCGUUGGAAUGUCCAGGGAUUCUGUCCGCUACGGUCGGGUGCCGAAGCGUUCCCGGGAGCGCAGCACCGAGGAGUCCUCCCGCGUGACCACCACCGACGCCGACCAGUCCGAUUCGGAAACGAAGCAAUUGGCUGUUUACGACGUCAUCCUCACCGUAUCUCAGGCCCACCAUGCCAACUGCGGCUACACCGAGGAGCACACCCGCAACCUGGUGCGCAAACCGGUGGUGGUGCCGCCGUCCAGUCCCGCCGACAGCGAAGUGGCCUCCUCGACGGCCGAAUCCCUCGAACAAGAACGCUGCUGGUUGUGGCAGCAAUUCGCCGCCAACAUCACCCCGAGCGUCCAAAGGGUAGUCGAAUUCGCGAAACGGGUGCCAGGCUUCUGCGAUUUGGGCCAGGACGACCAACUGAUACUCAUUAAAAUAGGCUUCUUCGAGAUCUGGCUGAGUCACGUGGCACGACUCACGACCAAUACGGUGAUGAUGUUCGAUGAUGGGACGACGGUGACGCGCCAACAGCUGGAGAUUAUGUAUGAUGCUGAUUUUAUUUCAUCGGUGAUGCAUUUCGCGAACACGUUCAAUGCCUUGGCCUUGAAUGACACUGAAGUGGGGCUGUUCUCGGCUGUUGUGCUCUUGACAGCCGACAGGAACGGGAUCACGGAUGUCAAGUCCAUCGAACACCACCAGGAUAAGCUCAUCGAGGCGUUGAAGGUUCAGGUGGGUCGCAACCACGCCAGCGAGCCGCAACUGUUCUCAAGUCUGUUGAUAAAACUGCCCGAAUUGCGCAACUUGGGGGCUAAACAUUCGGCCCAUUUGGACUGGUUUCGCAUGAAUUGGACGAAGUUGACCCUCCCGCCCCUUUUCGCCGAGAUAUUCGACAUUCCAAAAUCGGAAGACGAUCUGCAGUGACUAUGUUUAGAGACAAAGCGAUUUUUUGGCUUAUUGCAGUUUUGUUUCCUCAGAAAUUGUGAUCGCCAUUAAUCUUGCAAUUAAUGUAAAUGUGGCCGAGUCCGCAUGCCUCUUCUUGCUCAAAACGAUGAAAGCGUCAAGGCUGAUGAAUCUCACAAUGUGUGGAAAACGAGAUCAAUCCGUGAUUGACAGGGUCUUCAGCUUUUUACUUAGUUAAUGUUGUUUCGUUUCCGAAUACGUAGUACACAAGUUUGACGUGUCGUAUAUACAUAUCAUUGUCAAGGUUUUUCUGUGUUUAGCAUAUUUGUACAUAUUGUUGCAAACUUUUGGUUAAUUUUGGUGUGGAGGCGGUCUCAUGCCGUCGGGUUUAAAAUAAACUUAAUGUUAGUCAUGUAUCUUUAAUAAACUAAUGUCGAUAAUAGUAGCCAUCUACUAUGCUUAUCAAGUGAAGUAACAAUCAUAUCGCGGUAUAUCACUAACCCUAGUUGUACCUAAUUAAAUUAGGGUGUUGUUAUUUAUAUAUCUAUUAGAGUACAAAACGAUGACGAUGUUUUGCGUUUUUUAGAUGUUUACUAAAUUUACUGAAAUGUCUUACCUCAAAUGCGGUUCAAUUUGUUUUUUUUUUAAACAUCCGACUGAAGUAUUGUCGUACUUAAAACACAUUUGCGGUUAGUGACUCAUUUAUUAAUUUUUAAAUGUAUAUAAUAUGUGAGGCUAUAAUUUACUUCUUAAAUGACAUGACAAAAGACAAUUAAAUGUACCUAAUUUUAAUACUUAAUCUGUACAUAGUACAUUUUAUAUUGUUAGAGAGUAUUCUAUUAUUUAUCGGUGUUUUAUCAAUUUUCCACUGCCUUAUCCAUUUUAUCAUGCCAUCUCAAUUAAUUUAUUUGCAAAUUAUAUUUAAGGAUUUUUCAAUGUGCAUAAUUCAUACACACCACACGCAUUUAUUGAUGUGUUUUAGUAUUUAUGAUUAAAUAUGUGCUCAUAUUUGAAAACCUUUACCUAUGAAUGUUGAAAUCGUUGUUAUUACUCUUGUUUAUUCUAUUAAAGUUUAUAUGUAAUAAGGUAUUGUUUAUGCACUAAAUCUUUAUUUUAAUCUAAAUGGUAGAAGUUUCAUGUUAUUAUUAUUAUGCUAUUUUGAUAUGUCAAUAUUUAGCAUUUUGUUAUGAGAGAUUGUUUAAUUUGAUUAAAUUGUAUAUUAUUACGGAUUAAACCCUUUCCUUAUUUUUA